UUUGUUGUUCCGCGCUAGCUCACGUCACUGAGCAGCCCACGGCGCUUUUCGUGGACCAGCGGUUCCGUCUUCUCUGGACGGAGACGCCACACGUUCAGUUUGUGUAGAGAUGUAGGAACCAGAGCCACUCUUCAUUGUCUGUUGAGCCACUGUGCGUCCGGACGAAAGCAGCGGAUGAACUAUGGUGUCUGUCUGAGGGACAUCAUGGAUGAAGCCAAAACAAGCCGCGUGUGUCGACCCCAGCGGAUCAGUAGGUCUUCUAAGGUCUUUCGCUGUGUUGAACAAGCUGCAGAGUUGCUACAGGGUCUGAACGAGCAGCGCCAUCACAGCCAGUUCUGCGAUGUUGUUUUGGUGGCCGAUGACCAGCAUGUCCCCGCUCACCGAGCCCUGUUGGCCAUCACCAGCCCUUACUUCCACGCUAUGUUCACCAUGGGUAUGAGGGAGGAACACCAGCAAGAGGUGGAGCUGGUUGGCAUGUCUUACAUCGGUCUGAAGACUGUGGUGGACUUUCUGUACAGCGGAGAGUUGCCACUGGAUGGGGGAAACAUUGACUAUGUGCUGGAAGCUGCCCACCUUCUGCAGGUGUGGCGAGUGGUGGAUUUCUGCUGCCAGUACCUGGAACAGGAGGUGAGUGAGGACAACUACCUGUACCUGCAGGAGCUGUCUCUGCUCUACAGUCUGGAGCGGCUGGAGACCUUCAUUGACUGCUUCAUCCUCGCGCGCUUUGCCACGCUCUCAUUCACGCCCGACUUCCUUCUGAACAUUCCGUCACACAAACUCUCCUCCUACCUCUCCUGUGACCAGGUCCAGCACAGCAGUGAGCAGAUGCUGCUCCAGGCCACCCUGCAGUGGCUUGGCCAGACUCCAGAGCGGGCUGUUCACGCCAUGCAGCUCCUCCCCUGCAUCCACUUUCCCCUGAUACAGGUGGGGGAGCUGGUGGGCCAGGUGCUCCCACGGAUGCGAGCUCUGCUGCCAAAGGAGGCCGGCUGUGAGGUGCUGGUGGAGGAAGCUGUGCAGUACCACUCCAGGCCCAGUGCGCAGCCACUGCUGCAGACAGGCCGGACCAUGCUGAGGGGAGGGGUGGAGCGGCUGCUGCUCAUCGGAGGAGAGGUUUCAGAGUUCGGAGAGGAGCUGAGCGCCAGCGUCUGUCGCCUGGACAGUGAGACGGGGUCGUGGGAGGUGGAGACGGAGCUGCCGGCCCAGCGCAGCCACCACUGCCUGGCGGUCCUGGGAGGCUUCAUCUUCGCCGCUGGUGGCAGCUCGUCCAGGGACAACGGAGGAGACGCUGCCUGUAACCUGCUACACAGAUACGACCCGCGCCACAGCCAGUGGACCAGGGGGGCUCCGAUGAACCAGCGGCGAGUGGACUUCUACCUGGGUGCAGUGGGGAACUGUCUAAUCGCCGUGGGAGGGAGAAAUGACAGCGGAGCCCUGUCCUCGGUGGAGGUGUACCGCCCCGACGAGGACAGCUGGUCCUACGUGGCAGGACUCCCCAGGCUGACUUACGGUCACGCUGGGACGGUGCACCGCGGCGUCGUCUACAUUUCAGGAGGACACGACUUUCAAAUCGGCCCGUACCGCAAAGACGUCCUGAGCUACGAUCCGUCACAGGACGGCGCCCCGUGGGCCGAGCGCCAGCCCAUGUCUCUGGCCCGGGGCUGGCACUGCAUGGCAUCCCUCAACCACCUCGUCUAUGCCGUCGGGGGCAGCGACGACCACGAGGACACCACGGAGCGCUUCGACAUCCUGCACGCAGAGUCCUACGACCCGUGCAGCAACCAGUGGACCCGGGUGGCACCGCUGCUGCUGCCCAACAGCGAGGCGGGCCUGGCCGUGUGGGCCGGGAGGAUGUAUGUGCUUGGAGGCUACAGCUGGGAGAGCAUGACCUUCUCCAGAGCCACCCAGCUGUACGACCCGGACAAAGGCACGUGGUCCAGAGGGCCCGACCUGCCCAAACGUACAGCAGGGGCCUCGGCUUGUGUCUGCACCGUGAAGCCCUCGCGACUGGUCCUGUCCAGAGAGGACGACGGAUGACGAGCAUAGGGGAACUCUCCCUCUAGAUACAGUAAAGACUCAGCUCUGAGCUCAGAGACUGUCCUGUGACAGACACCACCUCACUGCUUGGACAGUGUGUAAACCAUCAUUGGUCUGUAAAUGUGGACAGAUUUCACAUGAUGACAGUAUGAAUGGAGACUAAACAGGGUUUUAUUCAAACAAUAAAGUACAGACAGGGAGACA